AUGAGAAAAUUCAGAAAGACAAGAUUCGUUACGUUUGACAUCGAAACAAUGGAGAGACCGAUUGAGGAAACCACCAAGUCAACAACUGUUCAUUCUGAGCUUCGACUUCUUUCCAUCGCAAUCGGGAGUAAUUUUGGAUACCAGCGAUUCUUGAUAAGGCGAAGUGAUGAAAAUGAUGCAGCCAAACAACUUGUUCAAAAAUUUGUCGACGAAAUUGAAGACCUUGCUGUCUCUGAAGAAACGUAUCUUCCUUCAGAGCUAAAAGAUGCAAUCCAGAGUCUCGAAAACAUCGAUAUCAACUCAGUCAAUGCUGAGCGAAAGAUGAAAGUUCGAUAUCUUCGACGAGAGCUAACAAACUACGCGAAAAUGGACAUUUUCGGUUUCAAUAGUGCUAAAUUUGAUUUGAAAGUUUUAAGUCCCUACCUUAUACCCAUUCUUAUGAAAAAGUAUGGAUCAAAAUUCACUAGUAUAAAAAAAGGCACUCAUUAUUUUUCAAUGUCAACGCCAACAUAUCAAUUCAAGGAUGCCAAACUAUUCAGCACUCCAACUGAUUUGGCUGGAUAUCUCAAGCAAGGAGGAGUCGAGGAAAGAAAAGCGAUUUGGCCUUAUGAAAAAUAUCGUAGCGUCUUUGAUAUCAUGAACGAUAAAAAUUUCCCUCCAAGAGAAGAAUUUUUUUCUAGUCUCAAGAAUAAGGAAAUCUCAGAAGAAGACUAUGAAAUUUUCAGAGCGGAGUUUUAUAGAAAUCAAAGACGCGAUCCAAAUUACUCUAUGGGUCAUUGGCUCAAACACUACAAUUUGGCAGAUGUCACACCUUUUGCGAAAGCAAUUGACAAUCAGUUCAAAUUAUUCUUCGAGACUUUCAAAAUUGACCCUUCUUUCUGUAUGAGCUUGCCUAAAUUUGCGAUGGCGUGUGUUUUCGAAGGUUACUCGAAGAGUUCCCCGCUUACAUUUUCAUUCCACCGAAAUUAUCACAAAGAACACAAACUCUUACGUGAUAAUAUAAUUGGUGGUCUGGUGAACGUCUACUCUCGCUACACCGAGCUUCGACCCGACGUAGACGCUCCGAGAAAUGCAAAGUUUGCUCCAAAUGGGGAUCCGUUCACAAAGAUAGUCUUUUUCGACUUCAAUGCCUUGUACCUCUUCGCUCAAAAAAUGUUGCUACCAUCCACUCCAGGUAUAAGAUGGCAGAAAAUCGACAAUUCAGUCUUCCGCAAAUCGAUCAUGACGACGGAUAACUCUCUUGCUGCGCUUCAGUGGCUGACGUACAUCGACGAAUUUAGUCCCUUGUUGGUUCAAGCUAAUGGCGAGCGAGUCCGACUCGAACAUCAAUAUUUCAGGGGAGAGCAUCAAGUUCUCAAUUAUAAAAUUGAUGGCUACGCUUGUGUUGAUGGAAAACAUCACUAUUUUGAGUUCUUAGGUUGUUAUUUUCACCAAUAUUGCGUUGAUUGCAACCCAGGUCAGGCUGACCAUGAGUUUGAGAAGAAAAAGCGUAUGUUGUCUCGAAAAGGGACUGUUCAUAUUAUGCGCGAAUGUGAAUGGAUCCAUCGCCGAAAUAGAUAUUAUGUCGACCGUGUUUCAAAAUAUUGGGGUCAUAUAUUUAAACUUAAAGAGUCCGAAAAGAGCAUUCUUGACGGCAUUCGAAAUGACGAGAUAUAUGGAUUUAUUGUAGCGGAUGUUUCUUGUCCGAAAGAGGUCUUUGAUCAAAUCUCGUACAUAAAUUUUCCGCCAGUGAUCCAGCGAAUGAAAAUCACAAACGAGCAUUUAAGUCCUUAUAUGAAAGCUCAAUUUGAAAAAACCGGAAGCAAAUGCGAUCAAGAAACGGUCGUACAAACAUAUAAUGGUAAGAGUAUGUUUCUCCUGACAACAUUAGUGAAAUUUUAUCUUGACCUUGGCUUAGAAAUAACUAAUAUUCAAUCUUUCACCCAAUUUCGAGCAACUAAGAGUCUAAGUGAUUAUGCUGAUAAUAUUACUCACGGUCGUGUAAAUGCUCUUGAUGACAAGAACAGUGCUCUUGCUCUUGCAUUUAAAACGAUUGGCAAUUGCGGCGGUUUCGGUAAAGCCAUCGAGCAGGUCGACCGUCCGAAUACCAAAUUUAACAACGAUAAGCAACUGAAAAAGUCAAUUAUAAAGCCAACAUUUAAAUCUCAUGAGACACUCUCUCAAGAAAACGGUGAGUAUGAAAUUUCCGAAGUCAUAUUCGACAAGCUACGCAUCAAAGAUGACAAACCAACUGUUCUUGGUGUGGCUAUUCUUCAAAACUCAAAACUUCACUUUCUCUCCUUUGUUUACAAAUUUCUUCACAAAUACCUGAGACCUGGAUCCUACAAGCUGAACUAUUGCGAUACAGACAGUUUAGCAAUAUCGUUCACUCGAAGCGGAACGGAUGGACAAACAACAAGGUCACAGAUGGAAGCCGCUUUGCUACCUUGUGUCCGGGAGGAACUCAUGGACGAAUUUCUACAAGUUUGGCAUAAAUGGAUUGUCCUGGAAGAUACAACUCUUAAUCACAAAACUCCUGGACUUCUCAAAGCGGAAUGGCAAACGAAUAAUGGCGCACUUGUCUGUCUUGGAAACAAGAUGUACUUUGGCUACGAUGAAGAAAAUAAACAGACGAAGCGAUCAACGAAAGGAGUUCCGCACAAUCACGAGCUGAAACUUCAAGAAUUUCUUGAUUGUCUAAAUGAAACUGUGACCAGUAGUAACACAUGCAAAGUUCGCAUGUUACGCUCGACUACCGACAAUAUUGUAAAACGAAUUUCCAUCGAAAAGAAAGUUCUCUCGAAUAUUUUUGUAAAGCUGCGAGUCAUGGCGGACGGCGUCACAUGUAAACCACUGACCCUUAACGGCGAAAUCCUUUAA